AUGUCUUAUAACUGCUGCACUGCAAACUUCUCCUCAAACUCCCUUGGGGGCUACUGAUGUUACCUAGGCUCCUCCUCCUGUGGCUCCUCCUUCCCCAGCAACCUGGUCUACAGCAGACCUCUGCUCUCCCAGCUCCUGCCAGCUGGGCUCCCCUCUCUACAGCCAGGAGACCUGCUGUGA